AUGACGCAGGGUCCGGGCGGGCGCGCGCCGCCCGCGCCGCCCGCGGCCCCCGAGCCCGAGGCGCCCACCACCUUCUGCGCGCUGCUGCCGCGCAUGCCGCAGUGGAAGUUCGCGGCGCCCGCGGGGUUCCUGGGCCGCGGCCCGGCGGCGGCGGCGGCGCGCGCGGCGGGGGCGCCCGAGCCGCACCCCGAGCCCGCGGAGACCCCCGCGGGGGUCCCCGCCCUGGCCGCCGCCGUGCUGGGCGCCUGCGAGCCCCGCUGCGCCGCGCCCUGCCCGCUGCCCGCGCUCGGCCGCUGCCGGGCGGCGGGGGCGCGCGGGCCGCGGGGGGCGCGCGGGGCGGCCGGGGCCCCCGACGCCGCCGACGAGUGGGCGCGCAAGGGGGGCUUCAUCCACAAGCCGGCGCACGGCUGGCUGCACCCCGACGCCAGGGUCCUGGGGCCCGGGGUCUCCUACAUCGUGCGGUACAUGGGAUGCAUUGAAGUUCUUCGAUCGAUGCGCUCCCUGGAUUUUACCACUCGGACCCAGGUGACCAGGGAAGCCAUCAAUCGGCUCCACGAGGCCGUGCCCGGCAUCAGGGGCUCCUGGAAGAAGAAGGCCCCCAACAAGGCACUGACUUCCAUCCUGGGCAAGAGCAACCUGCGCUUCGCCGGCAUGAGCAUUUCUGUUAACAUAUCGGUGGAUGGACUCAACCUUUCCGUGCCAGCCACGCGCCAGGUCAUCGCCAGCCACCACAUGCAGUCUAUCUCCUUCGCGUCGGGCGGUGACACGGACAUGGCGGAUUACGUGGCCUAUGUCGCCAAGGACCCUAUUAACCAGAGAGCCUGUCACAUCCUCGAGUGCUGUGAGGGCCUCGCCCAGAGUGUCAUCAGCACCGUGGGCCAAGCCUUUGAGCUGCGCUUCAAGCAGUAUCUGCACAGCCCCCCCAAGGCCAUUGUGCCCCCCGAAAGGCUGACCGGGCUGGAGGAGUCAGCUUGGGGGGACGAGGAAGAGUCUUCAGAACACAACUACUAUAAUAGCAUCCCGGGAAAGGAGCCGCCCCUGGGCGGCUUGGUGGACUCCAGGCUGGCUGUCACCCAGCCCUGUGCGCUGGCAGCCCUCGGGGCCCUCGGACAGGGAGUCUCUCCUGUGCGAAGAGAUGCCCGUGGCCUGCAGUGGGACCUGGGUGUGUCUGGUCCAGCCCCGCCUGGGGAUGGCUAUGUGCAGGCAGAUGCCAGGGGACCACGGGACUACGAGGAACACCUGUAUGUCAACACCCAGGGGUUGGAUGCCCCAGAGCUUGAGGACUCUUUGCCACCUGAGGACAGUCCCAAGAAGGACCUGUUUGAUAUGCGCCCCUUUGAGGAUGCCCUGAAGUUGCACGAGUGCUCGGUGGCGUCGGGCGUGGCGGCAACCCCACUCUCCCUGGAGGACCAGUGGCCCAGCCCCCCGACCCGUCGGGCUCCUAUAGCCCCAACAGAGGAGCAACUGAGGCAGGAGCCCUGGUACCACGGCCGCAUGAGCCGCAGGGCGGCUGAGAAGCUGCUCCGAGCAGACGGGGACUUCCUUGUGCGAGACAGUGUCACCAACCCGGGGCAGUAUGUCCUCACCGGCAUGCAAGCCGGGCAGCCCAAGCACCUGCUGCUGGUGGACCCUGAGGGUGUGGUGCGGACGAAGGAUGUCCUGUUUGAGAGCAUUAGUCACCUCAUCGACUACCACCUCCAGAACGGACAGCCCAUCGUAGCUGCAGAGAGCGAGCUGCACCUGCGCGGCAUGGUCUCACGGGAGCCCUGAGUCAGCCCACAGGUCGCCGUCCUCAGCCUGACUCCUGUCCCUGUUGAGUCUUAACGUCUCUCAGCCUUUCUCUCCGACCCCCAUCAGCCCAGAACUGCUGGAAUCAGAACUGCCACCAUCUCGCCUUUCUCGCAUGAGCUUGGGGAAUCUUUCUCCCAUCAUCUGCCUGGGCUGGAAACGGGGAAGGGCCCUGCCCCCCCACCUGUGCUGGAGAGAGGGUGCUCAUACCAAAGACACUGACCUCCUCGCCUUUAACGAAGAUACACGCACAGACCGCCUCUGCGUGGAGCCCUGGCCUCUGGUAUCUGAUGGGGCAGAGAAGGGGGCUCUCUGUCCCCCUCUAGGCCCCCAGCUGGAUUCAGGUUGUCCCCUGAAACAGAAGGUCCCAGGCCUGUGUGGACGCGGAUUUCUUCCCAAGCUGGGCUCCCAUUUUCCUACCAGAGACACUGGGUGCACCAUUGUUUUGGGGGGAGAUAUUAUGGUGCUUUGGGGUCUUCAUCUAAGGCAUGUGCUGACCUUGGCCUACGGGAGGGAGGGCGGAGGGGGCCUUGUGGCUCACCUACCAGGUCAGGGAGACAUCCAGGUGAGUUGAUGCGGCCAGUUGUGAGGUUCGCUUCCCCUCCCCUCCCCCCUCUGAAUAGGAGGGGAGCCGGGCAUGGCGGUGCCACCAGCUGUCUGCUCUGCCCCCCAGCUGUUACUGCAGCCUGGACAUUGGACUCUGUUUGUAAUUAAACCUGG